UCCGCCAUGACGUCCACGGACUUUGACAACGCGGAGAUCUCGCAGCAGUACAGCCACAUCAACACCCGCUUCGACCUCCGUGACGAGGAACUAGACAAUGACAACUGCUCGGCCCGGCUGUUCGAGCGCUCACGCAUCAGGGCGCUCGCAGAUGAGCGCGAGGCGGUGCAGAAGAAGACUUUCACCAAAUGGGUCAAUUCCAUCCUGUCCCGGGUCGGCUGUCGCAUCUCCGACCUCUACCUGGACCUGCGGGACGGACGCAUGCUCAUCAAGCUGCUGGAGGUGCUGUCCGGGGAACGACUGCCGAAGCCCACAAAAGGCCGGAUGCGUAUCCACUGUCUGGAGAACGUGGACAAGGCGCUGCAGUUCCUCAAAGAGCAGAGGGUCCACCUGGAGAACAUGGGGUCCCACGACAUCGUCGACGGCAACCACCGGCUCAUCCUCGGCCUCAUCUGGACCAUCAUCCUGCGCUUCCAGAUCCAGGACAUCAUCGUGGAAACGGGCCAGGCCGACCAGAAGGAGACGCGCUCGGCCAAGGACGCUCUUCUUCUGUGGUGUCAGAUGAAAACUGCAGGAUAUCCCAACGUCAACAUCACAAACUUCACCACCAGCUGGAAAGACGGCAUGGCCUUCAACGCUCUCAUACACAAACACCGGCCCGAUCUGGUGGAGUUUAACAGUCUAAAGAAGUCCAACCCGACCCACAACCUCCACAGCGCCUUCAACGUGGCAGAGCAGAAGCUCGGCGUCCACAAACUGUUAGACCCAGAAGAUGUGUUCACAGAGAACCCCGAUGAGAAGUCCAUCAUCACGUACGUCGUGGCAUUCUACCACUACUUCUCCAAGAUGAAGCAGCUCGCCGUCGAGGGCAAGCGAGUUGGGAAGGUUCUGGAUCACGCCAUCGAGACAGAGACGAUGAUUGACAAGUACGAGACGCUGGCGUCGGACCUGCUGACGUGGAUCGAGCAGACCAUCAUCGUUCUGAACAACAGGAAACUCGCCAACUCUCUGACCGGGGUGCAGCAGCAGCUCCAGGCCUUCAACACGUACCGCACCGUCGAGAAGCCGCCCAAGUUCCAGGAGAAAGGAAACCUGGAGGUGCUGCUCUUCACCAUCCAGAGUCGAAUGAGGGCCAACAACCAGAGGGUGUACACGCCCAAAGAGGGAGCGCUGGUGGCAGACAUCAACAGAGCGUGGGAGCGUCUGGAGAAGGCGGAGCACGUUCGGGAGCGCGUCCUCCGAGACGAGCUGAUCAGACAGGAGAAGCUGGAGCAGAUGGCGAGAAGGUUCGACAGGAAGGCGGCCAUGAGGGAGACGUGGCUCCUGGAGAACCAGAGGCUCGUGGCUCAGGAUAACUUUGGCUACGAUCUGCCGGCCGUGGAAGCAGCCAAGAAGAAGCACGACGCCAUCGAGACGGACAUCGCGGCGUACGAGGAGCGCGUCCAGGCCCUCAUGGUCAUCUCCAAGGAGCUGGAGUCCGAGCGCUACCACGACGCCAAGCGGGUCGACGCGUGGAAAGACAACAUCCUGCGUCUGUGGGACUACCUGCAGGAGCUGCUGAAGGCUCGGGGCGGGCGGCUGGAGAAGAACCUGACCCUGCAGAGGAUCUUCCAGGAGAUGCUGCACAUCAUCAGCUGGAUGGACGACAUGAAGGCUCGGCUGCUGUCUCCAGACUUUGGGAAACACUUGCUGGAGGUUGAAGACCUGCUACAGAAACAUGCCUUGGUGGAGAAUGACAUCGCCCUGCAGGCCGAGCGGGUGCACAACGCCAGUGCUGCCGCUCUCAAGUUUGCAAACGGAGACAGCUACAAGCCAUGUGACCCCCAGGUGAUCCGGGACCGGGUGCAGCACCUGGACCUGUGCUACCAGGAGCUCUGCGCCCUGGCGGCCCAGCGAAGGGCUCGCCUGGAGCAGUCCCGCCGCUUCUGGUACUUCCUGUGGGAGGUGACGGAGCUGGAGAGCUGGAUCAGGGAGAAGGAGCAAUUGUUCUCCUCCCUGGAUUACGGCAAGGACCUGACGAGCGUGCUGGUGCUGCAGAGCAAACACAGCGCCUUCGAGGACGAGCUGGGCGCCCGGCGCGGCAACCUGGACCAGCUCCUCGCCGAGGGAGACCAGAUGAUCCAGGCCAAGCACUUUGGUUCCCCCAAGGUUCAGGAGAGCAUGGACGACAUCGGGAGGCAGUGGCAGCAGCUGGAGGAGCUGGCGGCGUUCCGGAAGCAGAACCUGCAGGACACUCAGAGGUUCUUCCAGUUUCAAGGAGACGCUGAUGAGCUCAAGGCCUGGCUGCUGGACGCCAAGAGGCAGAUGAGCGUCGACGACGUGGGACACGACGAGUACACCACGCAGCGGCAGCUCAAGAGACACAACGACCUGAGGAACGAAGCCAUCAAGAGCGGAGCCACCAUCGACGCUCUCUCGAAACAGGCCAAUGCUCUGCCAGAGGAGCUCCUGAACACGCCUGAUAUCCAGAGACGUCUCAAAGACAUCAAGGACCUGUUCAUGGAACUCCUGUCUCUGGCCGACCUGAGGCAGAAGAAGCUGGAGGACACCAUGGCGCUGUACACCAUCUUCAGCGAGACGGACGCCUGCGAGAUCUGGAUGGGCCAGAAGGAGACGUGGCUGGUGGGACUGGAGGUGCCGGAGAAGCUGGAGGAUCUGGAAGUCGUACAGAACAGGUUGAGCAUUUUAGCUCAAGAUAUGGCAAACGUUCAGUCGAGAGUGGAUGACGUGAACAAAGCGGUGAAGCAGCUGGAGGAGAGCAGACACCCUCGCACCAAGGAGGUUAAAGAAUGUCAGACACGACUGAAUACCAGGUGGGAGGCCUUCAAGGCCAUGGUGGAGGACAAGAAGAGGAAGGUGGACUCGGCCGUCAGUCUGCACAGCUACAGGCUGGACUGUGACGAGACGGAGGCCUGGAUCAGAGACAAGACGCGGGUGAUCGAGUCCACGCAAGACCUGGGCAACGACCUGGCCGCCGUCAUGACCAUCCAGAGGAAACUGUUUGGCAUGGAGAGAGAUUUGGCCGCCAUAGAGGACAAGCUGACCUUCCUGAGGAGAGAAGCCGACCAGCUGGCCCAGGAUCACCCGGACAACGCGGCCGACAUCUUAGCCCGCAGAGGAGAACUGGACGCGGCCUGGGACGCGCUGAAAAAGACCCUGAAGGACAGGGAGGACUCCUUGGGCGAGGUCAGCAAGUUACAGACCUUCCUCCAGGACAUGGACGACUUCCAGUCCUGGCUUUUCAAGACCCAGAAGGCCGUGGCUUCGGAGGAAACGCCCGCCACGCUGCCGGAGGCCGAGGAGCAGCUCAGCCUCCACGAUGCGGUGCGGGAGGACAUAAACAACCACGAGGAGGACUACCACCGCGUGAAGGACACAGGGGCGCAGGUCAUGCAGGGUCAGGAGGACGACCCUCAGUACCAGCAGCUGGAGCAGAGGCUGAAAGGCAUGGACCGGGGCUGGUACGAGCUGCAGAAGAUGUGGGACAGUCGCAAGAACUUCCUGGACCAGGGUCUGGGCUUCCAGCAGUUCAUGAGAGACGGGAAGGCUGUUGAGGCCGUCCUCAACAACCAGGAGUACACGCUGGCCCUCAUCGACAAGGCCGACACGCUGGCCGGGGCAGAGAAAGCACUGAAGAAGCAUGAGGACUUCCUGAGCACCAUGGAGGCCAACGAGGACAAGAUCCACGGAGCCCUGCAGGGCGGACAGCGGCUGGUGGACAGUAACAACCUGUACUCCGGGAAGGUUCAGGACAAAAUGGACUCCAUCAUAGACAGGCGCGACAAGAACAAAGGACGAGCCCAGGAGGUGUCCGAAAAACUCAGAGAUAACCGCGACCUGCGGCACUUCCUGCAAAACACUCAGGAUCUGACUCUGUGGAUCAACGAGAAGAUGCUGACGGCUCAGGACACGUCGUACGACGAGGCCAGGAACCUCCACAGCAAGUGGCUGAAGCAUCAGGCCUUCAUGGCCGAGCUGGCCUCCAACAAGGACUGGCUCAACAAAGUGGACCAGGAGGGCCAGGAGCUGAUGGAGUUCAAGCCGGAGUUCGAGCCCAUCGUGACGGAGCGUCUGGCCACGCUCCACGAGCUGUGGGACAAACUGGAGUCCACCACCCAGGAGAAAGCCCGGCUGCUGUUCGACGCCAACCGCUCGGAGCUGUUCGACCAGAGCCAGGCGGACAUGAAGAAGUGGCUCGGCCAGCUGCAGCAGCAGCUGCAGGGCGGAGACGAGGACGUCAGAGACCUGACGAAGGCCAACAUCCUCCUGAAGAAGCACCAGAUGACGGAGAACCAGGUGCGUGACCGGGCGAGGGAGCUGGAGGAGCUGCAGCAGGCGGUCAGCAAACACGGCUCCGGCCGGGAGGACCAGCCGGAGCUGGAGGCCGAGCAGCGCGCCCUGCAGAGCGAGUUCCAGCAGCUCCUCACGCCGCUGGCGCAGCGCAAGGGCAAGCUGGAGGCCGCCAGGGCCGUGCAUCAGUUCUACAGGGACCUGGCCGACGAGCUGCUCUGGAUAGAGGAGAGGUUGCCGCUGGCAACGUCAGACGAGCACGGGCACAAUCUUCAAACUGUGCAAAUGCUGCAGAAGAAGAACCAGACGUUACAGAGGGAGAUGGAGGGUCACCAGCCUCGUGUGGAUGAAGUGGUCGAGCGGGGACAGAGGAUGGCGAUGGCCGCCAGCGUCGAGGGUAGACCCGAAGCAGAUCGAAUCACCUUCCAGCUGAGGGUGCUGGAGGAGGCGUGGGAGCGGCUGCAGGACGAGAUGGCCAAGCGGCGAGAGAGGCUGAGCGGAUCCAACUCGGCGCAGCAGUUCUACAACGACGCGGACGAGGCCGAGGCGUGGAUCGGAGAGCAGGAGCUGUACAUGAUCGCAGAUGAAAAGGCCAAGGAUGAGCAGAGUGCCAUGCUGAUGCUGAAGCGCCACAUGCUCAUGAAGCAGGCGGUGGACGACUACGCCAACUCCAUUAAGAAGCUGAAUGGCCGUGCCCAGAAGAUGUUUGCAGAGGACCAUCCUGACGGCGAGGGCAUCAUCAAGCGGCAGGGCCGGGUGGAUAAGCAGUACGCCGGGCUGGGCGAGCUGGCCGAGGACCGCGGCAGGAAGCUGGAUCACGCCUACCACCACUUCCUGCUGAGCCGAGAGGUGGAGGACCUGGAGCACUGGAUCGCGGAGAGAGACGUGGUGGCCUCCUCCCAGGAGAUGGGCCAGGACCUGGAUCACGUCUCGAUUCUGAGGGAUAAGUUCAGAGAGUUCGCCCGGGAGACGGGGAUGGUGGGACAGGAGCGGGUGGACAUGGUCAACCUGACGAUAGACGAGCUGAUCGAAGCCGGUCACGUGGAGGCGGCCACCAUGGCCGAGUGGAAGGACACCAUCAAUGACAGCUGGGCGGAUCUGCUGGAGCUCAUCGACACUCGGGCUCAGCUCCUCACGGCGUCUUACGAACUGUUGAAGUACUUUGACGAUGGGAAGGAGUUGGUGGCUCAGAUCCACGAGAAGCAGAAGGAGCUGCCUGAGGACGUGGGAGAGGACUUCAGCAAAGCCGAGUCCUUCCACCGGAUGCACGCAGCCUUCGAGAGAGACAUCACUGCACUGGGCAAACAGGUUCAACAGUUCCAGGAGACGGCCGGGCGGCUUCAUGCCCAGUACGCAGGGAACCGGGCGGACGCCAUCCAGGCCACGGAGCGCGAGGUGGUGGAGGCGUGGAAGGGUUUGCUGGACGCCUGCGACGGCCGCCGGGCGCAGCUGGUGGACACGGCUGAGAAGUUCCGCUUCUUCACCAUGGUACGAGACCUGAUGGCCUGGAUGGAGAGCACCAUCCAGCAGAUAGAGACUCAGGAGAAACCCCGGGACGUCUCAUCUGUGGAGCUCCUGCAGAAGUAUCACCAGGGGAUCCGCUCCGAGAUCGAAGCCCGGGGGGCCAAGUUCACCGACUGCACUGACCUGGGCACGGCCCUGCUGACACGGAAGCACCGAGACUCUGCAGAGAUCAAAGAGAAGCUGGUGCAGCUGAUGGAGAAACGGAAGGAGAUGAUGUUCAAGUGGGACGACAGAUGGGACUGGCUCCGACUCCUGCUGGAGGUGUGUCAGUUUGCACGGGACGCCUCGGUGGCGGAGGCCUGGCUGGUCGCUCAGGAGCCGUACGUGACCAGCAGAGACCUGGGCCACACGGUGGACGAGGUGGAGAAGCUCCUCAAGAGGCACGAGGCCUUUGAGAAGUCCACCGCCACGUGGGAGGAGCGCUUCUGUGCCCUGGAGCGCCUCACCACGCUGGAGCUGUUGGAGCUGAGGACGCAGCAACAGGAGAUAGAGCAGUUCAUUAAAGAUGAACAGCGCUCAGAUAAGGACAGCAGGAGAGAAGACACAGGCUUUGCAGAAGAGUCUUCACAGAUCUACACCGUGGAGGGACAAACUCUGUCCGGUUCUGGUGCCGUUGGGCCCAGUUCUCUUGCUCUGGAAGAGACGGCCGAUGACACCACGGUCCCCAAGGUGUCAGAGAUGAGAGAGAGCGGCUCUCUGGAGCUGGAGUCCUCCGUGUCGGCGCUGAUGCCGAAGGAACCGGAGAGGGCCGCCACGAUGCCCGUGGAGCCCCUCAGAGGCCAGGCCGUGCUGCAGGAGGGCCUGCUGGGCCGCAAGCAGGACGUAGAGGGCUCCGGGAAGAAAGCUUCCAACAGGUCAUGGAACAACUUGUACUGUGUGCUGAAGCCCGGUCACCUCUCAAGCUACAAGGACGCCAAAAGCUUCGGGCACGGAGUGACGUUUCACGGCGAGGACCCCCUGUCGCUCAGCAGCGCCACCUGGGAGAUCCUCGGAAACUACAAGAAGAAGAAGCAUGUCGCCAAACUACAUCUUGGUGAUGGCAGUGAAUAUCUGUUCCAGUGUAAAGACGAGGAGGAGCUCCAGCGCUGGAGCCAGGCCAUGGAGAAGGCCAUCCAGCCCCUGGCAGCAGAGGAGGCGUCGGGACCCUCGGGGGGGGCCAAAGCCCACAGCCUGCCCCAUCCCUCCUCCUCCUCCUCCGCUGCCCUCCCGGAGCCCGGCUCUGCCAAGAAAGACAAGGAGAAGAAGUUCAGCCGCUUUGCCAAGAAGAAGUGAGACGGAGAUUGGAAGGGAGGAGGA